GGCGGGCAGGGGUUAACUGCGUGCGCCGGGGCCGGCCACGCCCCCCGGCACCGGCCGCCCAAUGAGCGGGCGGCGGGGCCGGGCCGGCCGCCCCCCGCUCGGGGGUGCGCAGCGCGGGGCAGCGGGAUGGUGCCGGCGGCGGCGGCGCGGGGCGGCGGGUCUGGCGGCGGCCUCCCCUGCGCGCGGCCAACGGCUGCCUGCGGGCCGCGCGGCUGAGCGCGCGCCGGGCCCCCGCCGGGCGGCGAGUGUAUUACCUUCAGGAGAUGGCCUCUUCUAAGUCUUUGAUGAACCUUCUAACCUUCACUUUUGGAUCAGCAAUAGGAUUUUUUGUGUGCUAUCUUCUGUUUAGCAUUAUACUAGAAGAACAGGUUAAGAUCCAGCCUCAUGUCCUUCACAAUGAUCCACAUGGUCAACACUCAGCAGAUAUUGAUAACAAUCAGCUGCAAGGACAAAUGAAUUUCAAUGCAGACUCUGGACAGCAUAAAGAUGAGAAUAAAAAUAUUGCAGAGGGACUGUAUCAGAAGGUGAAAAUACUGUGUUGGGUCAUGACUGGUCCUCAAAAUCUAGAAAAGAAAGCCAAGCAUGUUAAGGCCACUUGGGCCCAACGUUGUAAUAAAAUACUUUUUAUGAGCUCUGAGGAAAAUAAAGACUUCCCAACUGUGGGGCUAGAAACCAAAGAAGGCAGGGACCAACUGUACUGGAAGACUAUUAAAGCUUUUCAGUACGUAUAUGACCAUUAUUUUGAUGAUGCUGAUUGGUUUAUGAAAGCAGAUGAUGAUACAUAUGUUAUAUUGGACAAUUUGAGGUGGCUUCUUUCAAAAUACAGUCCUGAACAACCAAUAUACUUUGGAAGAAGGUUUAAGCCAUAUGUGAAACAGGGCUACAUGAGUGGAGGAGCAGGAUAUGUUCUGAGCAAAGAAGCUCUGAAGAGAUUUGUUGCUGCAUUUAAAACAAACAAAUGCUCUCACAGUUCCUCUAUCGAAGACCUAGCAUUAGGAAAAUGCAUGGAGAUCAUUAAUGUGGAAGCAGGAGAUUCUAGGGAUACAAGUGGCAGAGAAACCUUUCAUCCCUUCGUUCCAGAACAUCACUUAAUCAGAGGAUACCUACCAAAAACAUUCUGGUACUGGAAUUACAAUUAUUACCCAGCUGUAGAGGGUCCUGGAUGCUGCUCUGAUCUAGCAGUUUCAUUCCACUACGUUGACUCCAUGACUAUGUAUCAUUUGGAAUAUUUGAUUUAUCAUCUCCGUCCAUAUGGGUAUUUGUAUCGGUACAAUCCUGAUUUGACAAAGAGUCUGGAAGAGCAGAGCAAAAAUGAAGCACUGGAAGACAAACAAAAGCUAAAGCAAAAAAUCUCUGAGAAUUAAUUGAAUUUUGAAGAAAACAAGAAGAAGCCAGUACAAUGAAUAAGAGUCUUCUCAAACUCCUGCAUGAAGCUUGUGGACUAAAAUGACUCAUAGCAGUUAUUUGAAAAAUCAUGUUGGCAGUACUUCCUGUCACUGUCUGUGUAAAAUAGUCUGGUGCUGGCUCUGACUGGGAUAGUGUGACCUUGCAGCCCUGCUCAUGAAGAUCUGAGGCCCUAAAGCUAUGAAAUAGGAGGUGGUUCUGGUACACUAAUAUCUGGAAGAAUUUGUAUAAAAAACGUAGUGGACAGGUUCAAAGGUAAUCAUACAGUAUUUCUGUUCCUUUUUCUGUUCUCUUAUUUCCUUCCAAUUGUUCUGUUAGGUCAGUUCUAAUGUUAGAAAUCAGGUGCUGCACAAUCAAAUACUUCAUGAUGGCUUUCUCUAGCAUUCUCAGAGAGGCAGGAAAACGGUCAAGUCUACUUUGCCUUAAUCUUAAUGACAGACUGGUUAUUGUGAAUAGGCAGGGAUCCACCCAAAAGAUUAAUCUGAAUUGUUUCAGAAAUGGAAUUCAUUGCUAUGAAUUAUUUAAAAAAAAAUCAAGUCUCUCUUGUACAAAACAAUAUGAAGUUGGAUCACUACUGUUUUAGGGGAGAAAUCCAGAAAUAGUUACUGUUGUUUAAAUUGCUGAGGUGAUGCAAGACAUUUACCUGUGGCUUUUUUUUUUUGUGGUGUUGGUUUUUUGUAUUAACUUAUCCUAUUGGUUGAAUGGAUAUAAAAAUCUCAGAAUUUUUCAGCAUAAAAUAAGGUAGAUGCUUUUCAAAAUACAAGUCUCUCUUCCAUCACACCUUCCAGGUAAAACAGAAAGUAUAAUAUCUUACCAAAGUUACAUUACAAUAACUUGGUUUCAGCCAGUAUUAUAGCUUGUUGCCAUUUAAUUUUAACAUUGCUUUAAUUGUGGCGUUACCUUAUUCAUUAAAAUUUUACAGAUACAAACCAGUCCUAUUUUAAAGCUGCAGCGAAGCCAAUUUGACUGUUUCCCUACGCUUCUAGUUUAUGUGGCUGAAGUACUUAAUUUCGCUUUCAUGAACGUUCCGUUCCCUGUCCCCCGCCGCCCUGUAGAGAAUUUCUUCUGUGUCUGCUCCUUGUUACCUUUUCAGAACAAAGUGUUAAAUGAUCCUUAUUUCACUCUUUUUGAAGCUGAAGUAUGUAGUUAUUCAGGUAAGCCAGCCUGAAUGCAGGAAUCUUUCGAAGUGCAUUACUUUCUCCACUACUUUAUGAGUAUCUCUGCCUCUUAACUGAAAACACUUUCUUGGUGUGGGACAAAAUAGGUGUGUUAAUUACUGAAAAAUUUUUAGAGGCCAAGCCUAUGUUUUAUAUAGUUAACAUAAAACGUUGUGAUUUUCUCUUUUUAAAAUGGAGUGAAUAGCAGCAUGGGAGAUGGGAUUAAGUUUGACAUGUCGUGUGUCUUUAUUCCACACUUAACAAAAGUUUUUUCAUCUUUUUAUCACUUUUCACCUUCAUCAUAUUGAUGAAUUUGGACAUAACCUAAUUACCUCCAGUCAUUGUUUUGGAAAGGGCACAUACUGGUAGCAGACAGCCUUACUUACUACUGCUGUCCUUCAGGAUGUUCCUGGAAGAGGAUGUUACCAUAAAGUACUGGAUUUUUUUUUCCCAAAGAUAGUUCUUGUACAGAUUGGGGUUCUAUCUCUUGUCCAGCAGUAGCGAGUUAUGACUUCCUUUCUGACCAUUGCUCUGCAGCAUGAUGACAAUUACUGAAAUACCUCAUGGAGUUCAAAUAUUACAUACAUCUUCCCUGCCUUGAAUAUAGGCGGGGUUCAUACAUAAGUAUUAGUUAAACAAAUAGUUCCUGCAUGGUUAAAUCUGUUAGUCUUUUAUGAGCAAGACUGCCUCUGAAACAUUGAAAGGGACACGAGCUUUAUUGUAUGUUGACUUAAGUAAAAAAUUGUAACUGCAUUUGUUUAAAAAGGAAGAAGUCUGCAGUUUGCUGUAGUCAGGCACGCUUGUCCAGAGGGAGAGCGGAUGGUACCGUGUUGAGAGGUGCAUCAUUACGUGAGCUGAGUGUUUAUCCCAUAAUAUUGUGAAAUCUAUAUGGUAUUGAGAACUGCAGUGGCAUUGUUCCAACAUGUGAUUAAAAUUUUCUGGAAUGCUUAAGGAAGUUAUAAAAUGAAAUCAAGAUCCCAACUUAAUCUCUUUGUAAAUUCAGCCCAUGCGCAACUAUGCUGUUCCUUUAUCACUACUUUCUUCCUCAGUUCAUCCGUGGGGAUUUAAAGAUUUUCUGCCACAACAGGCAGAACUAAUCUUGCAUAUUUUCUGCAGAUUUGUGUCCAGUGUUUGCCCUGUGCUGCCCUGUGAAGCGUCAUUUCCUCUUCAUGUUCCUUGCUAUCCUGUCUUUGGGUCUUCAGUUUUGUCAUGCAUAAAUCUCGAGUGGACAAAAGGAAGCAGGCAGCGAGAUGUUUGAGCUCCACACAGGUUGGUGGCUGAGGUGGCAAGUUAAACCAGCUGCUGCUGAGCUCAUGGUGAACCCUUUUCUUAGCAGAAGUUCUAAGUCUCAUCUGCUGCCUGCCUGGGGCUUGAAAUUUAGCAGAGCGAGGCAGGAAUGUCCCUUUCCACAAAACAUGCAGGACCUCAGAGGGAAUGGAGAAAUAAAUUAAUGUGUUCCAUUUCUUGAGGGAGUAAAGCUAAGAACAUACUACGUUGCCAUAAAUAGGUGGCCUAUCUGGAGAAAUAAGUGUAGCCUUUUCUUCAAACGUCCAUCCUUUGUUUUAAAGUGUCCUUGCACUUAGGCCUCUGAAUCUAUUUCUUCUGCCUUUCUAACAGCAUGGCAAAGAUUUUUUUUAUUUUUUUCCCUCCUUCCAGACAAGCUAGAAAAAGAUUGGUUUUUACAUUCUGUGAUUAUAACAGAGGACUGUUGUUCUCUGUUGAAUUGUAUUGCCGUAACAAUGAGCUGAUACCUCUGACAUAAUUGGUUUGUAUCUUACAACCUUCAAAAGUUUCAGUAGACAACGCUGGAAUGUGAACAGUAUAAUUUUCACGUACAAUAUUACACUACUAGUAGUUUGUUAUUUCACUCUCAGGUCUUUGUGCUAUGAGAAAGUAUUUAUUGAGUUUGAGUAUUUCUGCAGCCCAGGGAGGCUACCGUAUUUCAGGUGGAUAGACCGUUCCAAAGCACAGCAACAGAGGCUCUCUUAGGCUGUACAGAUUUACUGCUUUGUGUUGUUUUGUUUCUAAAAGAGGCUUCUUAAUUAUAUAAAACCUAAAAGCUUCCAUUGGCACUGUAGUGAUUUAAGUGACCCAUCUAAAAAUUUUGAACUAGUUUUCUUGAAAUUACUAGGCAUCAGUUGUUUGCACUUGGAUGUGGGAAUGUCACUUAGUGUAACUGAGUAACAUUUUAACCUUGUGGUAAGUGGAUUUUUAUUUUUUUUAAGUUCAGAAAGAAUGAAAAUGGCAAAGAGUUACCUUCUGAUCACCAUUCUUAACUAGAGGAUAGUAUUACUCUUUCUCUGAAAGGAGAAAAAAAACCCCAAACCAAUUUUAAUCUUCUUUUACUCCCAAUUCCUUUGUGCAGUCUGUAUUGGCUUUACUUAGGAGGUUAAAUGCUGGUGAUGUUGGCACCAUUUCUCAUUUUGUGGAAGUUCCUUUCCCGGUAUCUUUUGCCUUUAAGGACACUUUCUUUGUUUUGCUUCGGGGGGUAUACAUUAAAAAUCACUUCUUCUUCACAUGUUGCUGUUUGUUCUGUUACACUUCCAGAAAUAAAAAUUUUAGUGUGUAGCUGAUAGACCUCUUAUAAACAGUUUGCUAUCCAAGCAGGGCGUGUUAUCUUCGUGCGACAGAAAAGUGCGGGUUGUUUCUCUGAUGUGCCUGCUGCUGAUGUUAUAGUGCUUGUACAGAUGAAAAUAGAUCUGUCAGUACAGGACCACUCGGAAAGGCGGUUUUGUCCCUUUUCUGUCAAGAAAAACUUCUGUGGAACUCCAAAAGUGUAAUUUGCUUUGUUUUACCAUAUUGUAUUUAAAACAAUCCACAAAUGUUAUUAAUGCUCUAAAAGAAUGGAAUAUUGCUGCUGGACAGUACAUGCCACUUAAAACCUGUGAAUGUUUCACUUUGCAAUUGUAAGUAGUCAUGUCCCUAAUUGCAGAUAUAAGUUGGUGACUUGUCUGGAAUGAUCACCAUAAGGAUUUGUUUCUUAAAUACAUUCUUUGAAGUGCCUUUGACCAAUUUUUAGCAUCAAAAUUAAGUUGAGAAUUGAAUAAAUAAAAUAAGUUAUCUCAUA